AUGUCAUUCAUUCUUUACCAUUGAAUACACAAUGACUCAUACAGUCGAUUAAAACAGCAUUUUCAAUCUACAAUUAUAGUGUUAAAAAGUGAUUUUUUGGUUUUUUCCCACAUAAAAUCGUUCAUAUCGUGGAAAAUAUUUCAAUCUUAAUUCCAUUCGGCUUCAUUGAAAUUAGCGACCAUUCAUCGCUUUCAUCUGAAAUCAUCGACAACAUGUCGGUAUCUAAGCAAACAACUGAUGAUUACAGCACCCAAGCGUUCCGGGGAAUUGGAAAGAAGUUGUAUUUAAGCACUGAAUGGGCCGACGUUCAUUUUGUUUUCGAGUCCAAAGAUGGUGAGGUCGAUCGAAUUCCGGCGCACAAGAUGUUGCUGGUUGCCGCGAGUAAAGUAUUUCUAAAGAUGUUCAAUGGGUCAUGGAAAGAGAAAGAAGAAGUAAAUAUUGUCGAUGCAUCAGCGGCCGCAUUUCGAGAGUUUCUACAAUUUUUCUACUUGGACCAUGUGAACUUGACCAUAGAAAAUGUGGCCAAAGUGCUGAAUCUCGGUCAAAUGUACGAUAUUGCCGAAUGUUUGUCGGUGUGUGGUGACUACUUGAAGAAUCAUCUCAACAAAAACAACGUGUGCUGGACCUACGAGCUGGCGAUACUCUUCGAUCACGUCGACUUAAUACAUUCAUGCGAAAAAAUCAUCGGCAUGGACACAAAUGAGGUGAUUACAUCGGCAGCUUUUAUAGCGACUGAUCGAAAAAUUGUACAACAAAUUUUGACGCUGAAUUGGUUCUCAUGCACCGAGGUUGAAUUGUUUGAAGCGUGUAUGGCUUGGAUUUUGGCGGACAGUAAUCAGAACACUUUGACCAAGGAACUGCGCGAUGAAUAUGCCGAUUUAUUCGAUGGGAUUCGCUUUGCGGCCAUGUCAUUGGAACAAUUUGCUGGCAUCACUCCAACGUAUCGCGAACUAUUUUCAUACGAUGAAUACGUCGAUAUCAUUCAAUUGAUCUCCAAUCGUGAAUACGAGCCCAAGUACUUCAAUUCAAACCGACAGAAGCGUGAUCUGAUUCCAUGGAAAGAUGACGAUGUGAUUCGAUGUGAUCGAUUAAUUUCGCAAUUUCAGCUGUGCAAACCAUACCAAAUCAAAAACACGGAAAAAACCAUCUUUACGACCAACAAACCAGUUUUACUGCGGGGAAUCCUAUGCGAUGGAAUUUACGAAUAUAAUUACGUGAGCAACAAGUACGACAUUCCACUUUCAUCACUCCAAACAUGGUUAACCGUCCUUGAAUCGCCCAUCGAUCUUGAUUCAGAUGAAAAUAAGACGCUUUACACUGAACAAGGUGCAUUACUGAACGGAAAAUGUGUAGUAAUAUCGAUGUCGAAACCAAUUCACAUUCGACCCGGGUUUAUGUACGAGAUUCGACUCGAACAAACAUCACCGUUUAAUUGCUGCAAUGGCGCCAUUUUGAAGCAUAAAGUUCACAUGGACCACGGCAUCACUAUCCAAUUCCAUCAAGAUCCAAUUUUUCUGGGCGAUCCAAAUGUUUCGAGAGGAUUGAUUUGUGCACUCGAUUUUUACAACUUUUGAAACUAAUGAAGGAAGGAUGGAGAGGGUCUCUGUCAGAGAGAUCACGAAUUAUGGUGGGACUAUACUGCGAUCAAACUGGAUGAAUCAUUCGAAUUGACAAUAGUAAUAAGGCAUCGUCACAAUGAAUAGAGAAACAAAAAAAUCAUGAACAAAAACAAACACAAAAAAUUGAUUUAAAAUGGCAUUGCAUGCCUUGAAUUAAAUUAGCCAAAAAUUAAGUCAGGAACAAAAAUGUCGAAACAGUAAAAAAAAGAACUAAGUCAUAAGCCACAUACUGCGUAUUUACAAAGAAAUCAAACUAUCCAUUAAAUCAUUUAAAAAUGACAUAAA